GCUCCGGAUUUCAACAGACGAUUUCUUUUGUGAAGCAAUCGACCUCUUUCGUGUUUGAAUUCCCUGUUUCCUCUGGUCGACCAAGAUUUCUUGUCCAGUUACAACCGCCGAUUCGGUAUUUCUUGCCGGAUUUUCAACCACAGUAUAGUUCUAGUCGGCUUUCCAGAAAAGCCAUCACGCUGCAGGCAUCACUCGAACUUCAAGAUCCGGCUCUGCGUUUCUACACUCGCCACCAGCAUGCCGGCAGACACAGCGCGGGCAGGAGGAGGGGCAGCAGGGGGAGCAGCAGGCGGGGGAACAUCUGGAGUGCGGCCGUCAGCAGGAAGUACCCAUUCGGCCGUCCGCGACGCGGCGACGGGGCAGAUCAAGGGCAUGGCGAGCUUCGCGGAGAGAAAGGCGAGCCGCGGGCGAUUCAUCGUGAUCUCCUUAAUCGCCGCCACGGGAGCCGCGGCGUGGCUGACGAACUACACGGCGAAUUCUAGGGGCCAGCCCGUGCCGACGGUGCCCAAGGAAAACGACAAGGACCAGAAGCACCACCCCGAGGGGCCGGUGAUAAAAGACGCGCCUAAGCAUAUUGUGGCGGGGCCGGGCGUUAUGGGGCAUAACGAGGGGUCGAAAGGGAGCCUCCCUGAGUAGAUUAGCAUAUCAAGGGACAGGGGUUCCUGGGACAGGGGGUAAGCGUGGAGGGGGGUAACUUUCUGAGGGGGGAUGAGUUGGCUGAUGGGAGGAGUUAAAGAUGAGGGGGGGGGUUGAGUGGAAGGGAGCCUCCCUGGUUGAUAGGUUCUGAGGGACAGGGAGUAAGGAGUGAAAAGGGGAACUGUCUGGGUUUGGAUGGGUGGGACCACUGGACUGGAGGGCAAGAAAGUGAGGGUGGAGGGGUGAGUUAUGCGAGGCAGGGCUGUUCGUUGAGUAGAUGUACAAAGCAGCCUUAGAGAACUAAUGAGUUUUUCUAUAAGAGAGCAGAAAAGGUAGUACUACUUGUCAAACAUGUCUAUUUGUUAUGUUUGUAUAGACUGUAUAGGGUCACCUCUUAGAGGGUACAACACUUA